CGACGAUCUCUACAACGGCACCCUACAGCGAACACUCUAAAACACGAAUUUAUCCGUCCAGCAUUUCUGCCUUGUUUCUACGGGAGAAUGAACACCGGAGGUAUAGUCAUCAAGAGGGGUAACUUUCACCUGCACCCAGUCAGAGACGUCGAACGCUCGUUAUACCUUUACGCCUAGCAUCGCUACGACGAAGAUCGUCAAGAGGUGAGUAUAUAUGGGCUCUCCCUUUGCAGUCGUAAGAUAGUCUGGUUCAUUAGAUCAUCAAGGCUGCUCACAAUGCAUAUUCCACUUUCUCUACUGCCCAUCUUGGGUUCACUUGCCCAAGCCAGUCCUAUUCUUCCAAGAGCAUCAUCAUGGCCUAAUGCACCUUUCACUGCCUCUGGUCGCGACAUCAAGAACAGUCUCAAUGAGACUGUUGUCUACGCCGGUGUCAACUGGCCUGGCGCUGCGGAUGUCAUGAUUCCUGAGGGCCUGCAGUACCAGUCCGUCAGCAGCAUCAUGUCGAAGAUCAAGGACCUUGGCAUGAAUGUCAUUAGAUUGACCUACGCGAUUGAAUUGGUGGACGAUAUCUACAGUGGCGUUGAUAGCAGUCUCAAGGCCGCUUUCAUUCAGGCACUAGGAGAGACAAAUGGAACAAAGGUCUUGAAUCAAGUCUUGUCGAGUAACCCUAGCUUCACCGAGAAUACCACUCGCCUAGAGGUGUUUGAUGCCAUCGCUGCAGAAGCCGAUACCCAACUGAUAUACGUGCAUCUUGACAAUCACGUAUCCAAGGGAGAGUGGUGCUGCGGCCACGAUGAUGGAAACGCCUGGUUCGGUGAUACAUACUUCAACGUCGCAAACUGGAAGCGUGGUCUGGCGUACAUGAGCAGCCAUGCAAAGUCAUGGCCAGCCUUCACUUCCAUGUCUCUCCGCAACGAGCUACGUACAACAUCCAACGGCACAGGUGAUAACUGGGUCUCAUGGUAUGAAAACAUGGUACCUGCUGCCGAUGGCAUCAAUGCUGCCAACCCUGCACCACUGAUCUUCUUCUCCGGUCUAAAUUACGAUACACAAUUGGCCACCAUUGUCAAUGGCAAGGACAUUGGCAAUGGCACUACCUUUUCCCUCGACAACUAUUCUUACAAGGACAAGAUUGUCUGGGAGUUGCACAACUACGCCAACAGUGCCACAAACUGCAACGAUAUCAAGGGCAGUCUCAGAAACCAGGGUUACAACGCCAUGGAAGGAUCUGCUUCUGCUGUGAACAAGGCACCUGUGGUGUUGACCGAAUUUGGCUUCGAUCAGAACACUGGAUCGUCGAGUGUUUAUGCGCAGUGCAUCAAGGAAUAUCUCACUACGCUGCCCGGUGGUCCUGGUGGUUGGAUGCAGUGGGUCAUUUCUGGUAGCUACUACAUUCGUGAAGGGGCUCAGGACAAGGACGAAACAUGGGGUCUAUUGAACCAUGAUUGGUCUGAUUGGCGCAACCAGACGGCCUCUGACUACACAAAGAGUUUUGUUGAGAAGACGCUUGUUUAGUCAUAUCAGGAGCAUUCACAUCAACACAGUAUAUCAUACAUGGAUCAAGAAACAGAUGCUGAAGUGACUUCAUUUGAUUGAAAAAGUCUACGCAAAGUAAUCUGAGUGAGCGCAAAAGCAAAAGGCCAUCUAUCUGAGCAAGAAAUCCACCUGGUGACCAAGAAAGAUAAAGAGCAACGAGAUGCCAGAGUUAAUGUAAGCAGACGCGAAAAAGAAAAAAGAGGUCAGACAGUCUUCGUGCUGACAUGACAAAACUGUUUGUGGUAUCUGUGAGUUGCAAAAGGCCAAACCCGGCGUCGAGACAAUAUA